AUGCCUUCUUGGAUAUCAAAAGCCUCCGACUCACCCAAUGCACGGCUUGUGGCGACAGCUGCUGUCUCAGGCUUUGUAGUGGGAACCGCUAUUUUGGGAUACCAAAAGGCCCGGCGCAUGACGAGAGUGGCAGACCUGAAGGCGUCGAUCCCAGAUCUCAGUGACGACCAUCGCCCAUCAAGACUAACUGAAUAUGGUGCCGCAUCCCAUGUCUUUGCCCCAAGCAAAGAAGACGAGCGCAGCAUGGCACUAGCUGCGCGGGCGAGAAAGGGCGAUUAUGACGACGACCUAAUUCUUGAACAGUUGGCAAGAAAUCGGGUCUUCCUGACAGAUGAAGGGCUUGCGAAGCUACGAAAUGCCUUCGUGAUAGUCGUCGGCUGUGGUGGUGUUGGAUCACACGCAACCGCAGCACUCGCCAGAUCAGGGUGCGCUAAACUUCGCCUCAUAGAUUUUGACCAAGUCACUUUGUCUUCGCUCAAUAGGCAUGCAGUAGCAACUCUUGCUGACGUCGGAACACCCAAAGUACACUGUCUCCGCAAGCGGCUUGAACAGAUCACACCAUGGACCCACUUCGAAUGUCGGAACGAGCUGUUCGGCGAGCAGACUGCGGCUGCUCAAUUGGCGCCCCUGAAUGGCCAGCCACCGGAUUUUGUGAUAGAUGCGAUUGACAACAUUGACAGCAAAGUUGCCCUCUUGGCCUAUUGCUACAUGAACAACAUCAAGGUUAUCUCUUCAAUGGGCGCCGGGUGUAAAUCGGACCCCACUAGAAUCUUCAUCGGCGACAUUUCAGCAAGCACAGACGAUCCCUUGUCAAAAUCUACGAGGAGAAAGCUGCGACUGAAGGGAGUGAAAGAUGGUAUACCUGUUGUCUAUUCAACCGAGAGGCCGGGUCCUGGAAAGGCUGAGCUUCAGCCUCUCUCAGAAGAAGAGUUUGCUAAAGGCAAUGUCGGAGAGCUAGGCGUUCUCGCAGACUUCCGAGUACGGAUUUUGCCAGUCCUGGGUACCAUGCCGGCAAUCUUUGGUUUAGCUGUUGCGAACCACGUCAUCCUAUCUAUCUCUGGUUAUCCACAAGAAUACCUGCCAUCUAAAUCCCGGGAUAAGAUGUACGACGGCAUCCUAGGUGCUCUUCAGGGUGCUGAGGAACGCUUAGCUCGUACAAUAUUCAACGAAGAUCCGCUCGGCCUUAAGAUCCCCUUGACGCAGGACGACGUGGGCUACUUGGUUGAAGAAGUAUACAGCGGACGAAGUAUAAUCAGUGGCAUCUCGACACGCCUGAUUCUAUCAAGAUGGAGGAAGCCAGCUAAAAGCUUUGUUGAUCAAAGCAUACCAGGGCAGAAGCACAGUCAUCUCGAGAUGAAAGAUUUGGUCCUUAUGACGAAGGAAGAGGCGAGUAAGCACGAGAAAGAGAUAUUGAAAGGUGAAAAGAGCCUGGAAGACCUGUAUAGUGCCGAAACUAUCGAGCGCGUGAACAAAAGGAUGGCCGAGGAAGAGCGCUUCGAGCGCUUCCGAUAA